CGUGACCAUUUGUCCCGCAGUUGCGUCCAACCGACCAAACGAGAAUUUUUAGCGAGCAUAUCGUUGAUUUAAAUCGCGGUUCAAGAACAAAUUCAAGACCAAAGAGAUCUCCGGCUGCGACCAUUUGUCCCAUCCAGGAGCGGUCAACGUGAAAAAUCGCCUCAAGACGGAGAAAAGAGCAAGAACCAAGAAGGAAGACGGCCUGGCGAAGAAGAACACCAACGUAGAACAAGAAGAGCGUCAAAUAUGAAUUAAUGAAGAUAAUGAAAUGUUGUGUUGGUUGUUUUUCCUACCGGUGACAUUGGUGUUGGGUCUGAGGGGACCACAUCAUCCUCAGGGACAUGUUCAUUACAAGCCGAAACAAGAUGGGCCCAAACUGACACAAGACAGUCAACUUCUUCAUGACGUUGAACAUAUCCAAGACGAUCUUAAUAAUGUAAUUUCUGAGGAAUAUUUGAAGAAAAUGACCCCGGAGGAGCUCGAGUUUCAUUAUUUCAAAAUUCAUGAUUUUGAUAACAACACAAAGCUCGAUGGUCUUGAAAUUUUACAAGCCAUACGGCAUACAUUCGAACAUUUAAAAUUGGGAAACAACCUGGAAGAACAGAGCGAAAACAAAAAGUUAAAUAUUGAAACCGAUUUUGGAUAUGUAGUAGAGAUGAUCGAUCAAGUUCUAGCUGAAGACGAUGUGGACAAAGAUGGAUAUCUUAGCUACAUGGAAUAUGUAAUUGGACGGCAAAAAGAUCAAUCUAAAAAAAAGAAAUUUAUAAAGAAUGAAUGAAAUUAAAUUGUAGAAAGUUCGUUGCACAAA